AAUUAUUUCCUCAACGUAUUGUAAUUGUAAAUUAUAAUAUUCGUUAAGUACUGCAUUUAUCUUAAAUAUAAAUUAACGAUACGAGAUCAAUUCGUCUUAACAAAAAAACUAGAAAAGAAAAAAAAGAAAAGCAGCAUGAAAACGUUAUGCGCAAUGGAAUCAUUAGUCGAAGACGUCCCACAAGUUAACUUUGUUGUCUGUCCCGCUACGAUUGAACACUGCGACCGAAUUUUCGAAUUAUUUCAAGAAUACUAUUCUGAAUAUGGAAUACCAAGUAAUAGACAAUUAAAUGAAGAAACUUUCAGAAAAGAAGGAUUCGAAUCUUCAAAUCCAAGUUUUCAAUGUUUUAUAGCUAAAACUAGAAAAAAAGUGGACGUUAUCAUCGGGUUUGUUUUAUGGUUCCGACCAUUUGAGAACACAACUGGACAAAGAGUAUUUCUGGAAGCAUUAUACGUAUCCAAACCAUACCGACAGAAGCAUGUCGAACAAACUCUAUUUGAACAAACAAUUCAAUUUUAUUAAAAUGCAUUUUACGUCGUCCAGUCAUGUUGAUCGUGGAUACUUCUUUCAAUAACUAAAUUAUAUAAACUAAAUUGUUCCCUAAAUAUAUUUUUAAAAACACAAAGAAAUUGAAGUAUACGAUUGCAAACUGGGCAGACGAACGUUCCUAUAUAAUAUUUUUAAUCAAAUAAUUUCACUUGAAAUGUGGGUGGUAUAAAAAAUGGGUUGAACUAUGACUUAACUGCAUUUCUCAUUAUGUAUGUCAACUGUCUUCAGACUACUUAUAUAUUAAAACUUAUCUCUACAAAUAUGGAAUUAUUGUGCAUUAAAAUUGUAAUAAAUUAAAACAUUUUACCAAUAUUCAAA